AUGGCUUCUGUUGCGGCACCAUGUUUUGUUUCAACAACAGAGACAACUAAUUACGCCCGGCUAUGCAGGCUUCUGGCGGAUGUCAGUACACAUGUCCUGAGAGAGACAUUUGAGAAGAAGCGUCCAAAGGGAAGUUUGGACACGGUGUUAUCAAGUCACCCUGUUCAUGCCGUACUACAAUUACUCAGAAGAAAAAAAGUGCUUAAUCCAUCACAAUGGGGAAAAUUAUACCCUGCCAUCAAAUCUUCAGUUUCAUCUCAGCAUUUCGACAUUACCUUAUUGAUGAUUCUACUGAGGAACAUUUGUAGUCUUGUUCCUCCAGUUACCGGCUGGGAUGCACUUCCUCCUGCGGCAGACACAACCCUUGAGGCAGACAUUGCGCGCAUCAAGUAUUUCAGAAACACAGUUUAUGGUCAUGCCAGCGAGGCGUUAGUUGAUGAUGCAACAUUCAAUCAAUACUGGAAAGACAUCCAAGAAGCAAUAGUCAGACUGGGAGGAGCUGGUUACCAAAGUGCUAUUGAUGAUCUGAAAAAGGAAUGCAUGGACCCUGAUUUCGAAGAACACUACAGAGAGCUUCUUAAACAGUGGGUGAUGGAUGAAAAAAGCGUCAAGGAAAGAUUGGAUGAAAUCAGAGGAGAUCUGCACGUGCUAAGACAAUCACUCUCCCGCGUCGGCAUCAAGGAGAAAUUGGAUGAGAUUGUUGGCAAACUGGAUGCAUGGAAAGACGCCAUGGUCCCUAAAAUUGAAAAGAAAAUAGGAAUUGAAGGUAACUGAGUGUGUUGCUCUUCGUCCGUUAUCAUUAUCAUUUGGCUGAUCCCUGGAGAUUUUAAGGCCUUAACUGGACUUGUUCUGAGUAGCAGCAAACUUUCCCAUAUAUUUUCAAUCUUUUCCAAACCUAUUGACACUAAGCCACUGCUGUAAAAUGUCUAAAAUCCCUCAUUCCUAACAUUAAUCUCUCGAGUAGAAAGCACGUUUUUAAAUGCCCUGGGGUUGGGUAUCUUUCCGUAGAAUCGACAUGGAAUCGAAGAUUUAAAGAGAAAAAAUACUUCACUUUGUCGAGUCAAAACCAAAGUCUUUUUUUCCUUUUCGGGAGUUUAAAACAAAUAGAUCAAGUAGUUGCACGAAAUCGUAACGGACGGUUUAUGAUUAUGCCAUGAUUAGAUUAAGCAUCUUCAGAAUUCUAAAGCAGUAUUUAUAAUAAAGUUCGGAUAUAUAACGCGCGCUGUCAUCGGUUGAAAGAGCGUGCGCUAUCAGAGUACAAAACAUGGAGAUGAGCUAAAACAGAACAAAACAGGAAUGAUUUAAAACAUAGCCAAACUGGCAUAACUGUCAAAAUUCAUACUUAUCAUGACGGUGUCAGUGCGACUGUGAUCAUGCUAAGGACCAUCGCUGUUAGCUCUCCGAUCAUCGCAGUGAAGCAAGCCUAAGAAAUUACAUCGGCCGCCCUAAGUUUGAAUAACUAAUAGCUUGGUCUGAUAUCCUUUCCGAUGUGUUGUGUGGAAGCUACAUCAGUAAAAACAGCCGAGUUUUAAGGCGCUGUCAUCCCGAAAAAUCUUUAUGUUCUUGUGAAUUCAGCUAUCGUUCAUCCAUACGCCUUGAGCAGUUUGUUUUCUACUAUUUUUGACAUCACGAGCGUGGGACAAAGAAAAAUAUUUGUCCCACGCUCGUGUCAAGACGAAAAAACAUCUUUCUCUAUUUCUUUACCGAGAUCAAAAUUUACCAUCUCUCUUAUUUCUAUCUUCAAACAUUACGCUUUCGACAUUGCUGAUCCUAGCAGUAUGCAGAAUGCGUGUCAUAUGAACUUCGUAACAGACCUCGCACACCGUGGAGUCUCUGUGGCUCAGAGGUAGAGCAUCGGAGCGCGGAAACCGAAGGUCUGAGGUUCGAUUCCUCGUGAGGACGUCUUUGUCCCACGCUCGUGACAAGACGGAAAAACAUCAUUCUCUAUCUUUAGUCUUAUUGAACAAAUCAGAUUAUAUGAACCAUUAUAACAAGGAUUCUGAUUGGCCUAUUGGAACUUGCUCUAUGAGAGUUUAUAAAAUGUUUAGAGAAAUGCGCGCGCCGUGAUCGGUCAGAACGAGUUCAUUAUAUUUCCAUAAAGCGCGCGCCUUACGUCACACGAAUGCACCGGUUGAGAUAUAAUGCACGCAGCUUACGUCAUCGGUACGAGCGCGCGCAAUUCGCGAUACAUAUAGAAGAAAUAAAGAAGCUUGUUCCUCGUGCAUUGUUGAGUUCUAUAAGCACUUAGGAAUUUUUAAGAACACUCGACGACACUGUUGUUCACCCUGGAAAUAAAGUUUGCUUUAAAAAUUGAAAGUAGUGCGUGGGGAAUUUAAAGGAUUCUUUAUUGUAAAACAAAUAGACAAGCCUUGACUUUGCUCUGUUCUGCUGUAAAGCACUAAGUAAGCGGCUAGAGCACUUAAGAAGUAGAGAGAAACACUCGACUACGUCUCGUGUUUCAUCCUGCACUUCUUACGUGUUCAAGCCCAUUCCUGCUUGCUUUACCACAAAACAGAGCACAGUAAAGGCUUUCUAUUUGUUAAAGAUAUGUUUUUUUCUUUCAGUUGUUGAGGCAUACAGAAACGCUUCAAAAGAAGCUAUAAAAAGCCAAACUGAGUUCCACCCUCUAACUUUUGUCACCUUCUCAAGAGUAAAAACAGAUCACAUAUUCCCAACUCUACACAUACAACAUGGCAGAAAACCAGCUGACUACCUUGAUACGAGAAGAAGAGAACACCUUUGCCAUUUCGCCCAUCAGAAAAAAUUCUUUGAUAAGGGAAGAAAAGAAAUACUUCAAAAUUUCAGCAGAAAGCCAGUUAAAUACACUGGUAUGAGAGGAAAUGAAAACCUUCGCCAUUACGGCAGGGAACCGUUUGAAUACCUUGGUAUGAGACGCAAAGAACACCUUCGCCAGUACGGUCAAGUAAGUGAAGAGCCAGUGAAACACUGUGAAGAAAUUUUCUUUGCUGAUACCGAUAGAGAUGAAGAAACGAAUCCCAAAUUUGUUCUUGUCGCUGGGAGGGCAGGAAUUGGUAAGAAAAAGUUUUGCCAAAAGUUAAUUGGAGACUGGGCAGACAACAAAUUGUUUCAAGCUCAAACAAUUCUGAUUUCUGAUGUCAAACAAGUCCUCGCAUUCCCGAUUACACGUUUGCGUCCUUGCUAACUUUCUGUCAGUUGAAUUUACUGGGAGAGGACCAAGUCUCGUUGCGAGAAAACCUUAAUCGAUCAUCAGUGUUAGAUACCCUCUUAAAUAUCGACGAAACUAUAUUUGAGUAUAUAGUUGAUCAUCCUGAAGAAGUUUCAUGUAAUUUACUUUAUCUUUAUCAUUACAUUCAGUAGUUUUCUAUCUAACAGUAACUUUUUAACAGGUAACUCUAGUAUUUAAUCAUGCGUGGUGCCGUACAAACUGAACAUAACAUGCAGAGGCUAAAAUAUCUUCGCCACUGAGCGUAAUGAAAAGUGACGGAAGACAAUACAGUGUUUAUCAUUAGUGAUCCAAAUGUCUUUCUAUAGAGGUGAGGUUUUUCCGUCGUAUACUUUGAAAUGGCUGAUAAUACUUACUAGCUAGAACAGAUUUAUCUUUCAUUUCCAGACUAUCGCUGUUGUUUAAUCCUUUUUUAGAUAAAUGUUUGAAUACACCUUUUUUAACGGUGCCGAUGCUGUGACCAUGUUUAGUUCUAAACGUUUUUCAGAUGUAGCACAGAUUGCAUUGCUUUGUUUGCACGAGACAAGUGCGGUUAAUGGGCAUGAAUCCAGUGGAAAGAAUGCACACUCCGUUAAGCAGUUACGUAGAACAUUGUCAGAUUGCUUCACUAUUCGCGAACCUUUUUGGUGUCAAAGUUUCAAAGAUAAAAAAUAUAUCUCACAAUUCUUGUUAUAAUCACUGGUCUACAAUAGUUUCUGCGCCUCUGGAUAAUUUUCGGUUGGCAGACGUUUGGUUUUCAACAAUUUUCAUUUUUCAGAUGUAUGGUUUUGACAGCAUGACACCUGACCGCUUUUCAAAUCCCCCCCAGGUUUUAGUUGUUUUUAAGUUUUAAUUUUAAAUAAAGAGCAGGAUUAAAUUGCAGCUCAAGAGAAUAACAUUGAGUCAAUGCUUUGAUGAAAGAUAAUUUUUGAGAUAACGUGCCUGAAUAAAGGCUCGGUGUAUUUUAUAACACAUACAAAACAUAACUUGUACUGAUUCAAGAAUGCUGAUAAAAAUUACAAUGAUGAGCAAAAGCAAGGCUCCACUUGCAACCCAAUCUUAUGCACAACUUUACCCAGUUGCUGGUGGCCUGUUAUAAAUUUAGGAUAAUGAACAUCUUUUUGGCUUGGCCAACCAAUAUUUUCAAUUUCACUCUUUAAUCUUCUUAACACCAUUUACACAACCAACAUUCCCAAAGAGCCUGUGGACUCGGCAUGGACCAACCAUGGUUGUUUUAGUGUACCUGUGAAUAUUAUAAAAAAAAACUAUGCCAUCUAAUAGAGUUUUACAAUUACCAGAUGUCCUCAUCACCACUCUAUCCUAACUCUGUCAUGCUUUCUACCCUUUACACAUCCCACUGCCAGCAGUACUUAAUGGUAAUCUUGCUUAUCAGUCAAUUGAUAGCCUUAGUGAUGGGGCAGAGCUGGCUUGAUGCAGACUAA